UAUGAACUUUCAACUAGUCAUGGCUUUUGUUAUGGCACAAAACCGCCAUUGUUCCCGAUUUUCUCUCUCCUCGAAACCCUAAUUUGUAUUCAUCAUAUUUUCAACCGCCAUCAUCAAUUUUCACAAUUUCGUGGUAAUAGAUAGAAAGGAGAUGGAGACUCAGAUGUCGAUGUCGCAUAAUUUGUUCUACAGACGACCAAUUGUAAAAUCUAAAACACCAGCUUUGAAAUGGGUUAAAGAAUGGGUACCUCAAGACGUUGUGGCAACUGGAGGGAAAUGCUAUCUUCUAAAAUGGAUUACAGAGGACGCGUUGAAGGCUUUGAAAGAGAAGGCUAAAGAACCUGAGGCACCAGAACCAGAGCCCGAACCAACAACCGAGGUUCUUUUUCUCUGCAGCUAUGAAGGUUGUGGAAAGACUUUUAUUGAUGCUGGAGCUUUGAGGAAGCAUUCUCACAUCCAUGGAGAACGGCAAUAUGUUUGUCACUAUGAGGGGUGUGGAAAGAAAUUUUUGGACAGUUCAAAAUUGAAGAGACACUUUCUUAUCCAUACUGGUGAGAGAGACUUCGUAUGUCCUCACGAGGGAUGUGGUAAGGCUUUUUCUCUGGAUUUCAAUUUGAGAUCUCAUAUGAAAACACAUUCACAAGAAAAUUAUCACAUCUGUCCAUAUUCUGAUUGUGGAAAGAGAUAUGCACAUGAAUAUAAGCUGAAAAAUCAUAUCGCAUCUCACCAUGAAAAGAAUUCAGCUGAAGUGCCAAAAUACACCCCGCCAGUGGAAAAGCCUGUAAAGACUCCAAAGGCUGCUAGUGGAACGUAUUCUGCAUCAUCGGACAGACCUUUUACAUGCCCUUAUGAAGGAUGUGACAAGGCUUACAUCCACGAGUAUAAAUUGAACCUCCAUUUGAGGAGAGAACAUCCUGGUCACUAUGCAGAAGAAAAUGCCAAGACUCCACAAGCUAAUAAUGUUGAUCAUGAGAUGGAUGAAGCCAGUGACCAAGAUGCUUAUGCCAACAAACGGUCAAGUUGGAAGAGUUUGAAACAGAGUAGGCCUAAGCCAAAUUUGAAAUUACCUCCAUCCAAGAUGUCACAACGUAAAGGCUCUGGUGUUUCUCCUGCUAAAGUAAAUAUUGUUAAAAAACCUUGGCAAAUUAAAGGGGAAACAGAGUAUGAUGUUAAAGGGGAAACAGAGUAUGAUGAAGAAGAUAGUGAAGAAACAGAAGAAGACCGUGACAAUGUUGAAGAUGGAAGGAGGUACCGCGAAAAUAAUGACGACGACGAUGAUGAGGAGACAGAGGAUGAGGAUUAACUGUCAAAUUAUUGUAACAUGUAAUUACAGCCUCCCUGUGCUGCUCUGCUCUGCUCCCUCUCUUAUUUCGGCGCACUGAAGUUCACUGCAACAAUGAUAGCUGCUUCUAAAACAUUUACGUGGUUGAUUGAAUUCUCCGUAGGGGGUCAUAGGUAAUAGUAUUGUUUAAUCAAUCUCUCUUAUUAUCCAUCGUUUGCAAAUUGUGGCCUGAAAACUUUUCCGAACAGAAAAGUUAUUAAAGCAUCAACCUGAUUUGAGGGGGGUUCUGGUGGAAGUUUUGGAAACUCAAGUGGGUAAAAAAAACCCAGUAAAACGGACUUAUAGGGCGUGUUCUAUAUCAAUGUUUGUAUUUUUCUUUUUGGUUUAUGAAUUUGAAAGAUAUGUGAAAUAGGGGGAAUCAUCAACUUGAAAUUUGAAAACAAACAAAAAUUAGAAACUACUUUGUAUGGUCGGUUAACAGGCCUGCGAA